AUGACACGCUGUGGUUCAGAAACAGCUUGCGUGCGAGGAGGCGCCGGGGCACUUGCUUCCCUGCGCGGCCGGACAAUCCAAAUUCGGCCUGGAGGGAUUGGAGGCACCCGGGCUCUACAGUUCAGCAAGCGACUGGCUCAUUUCCUGUGUGGUCUCUUCGGCCUCCCAAGCCGUGAACCGUCCCCACUCUUUAACGACAAUGUGGGUGUUUCCCCCCGCCCGCUGGUUGCAGGGAGCGCCCUGUAUUUUCCUAUUGUCUUUCGCUUCGGCUUCAAACUGGUUCUAUGGCACUGUGGAAUGCUCUCAAAGAAGAUACAGGGCCUCACCGCUGUCAAGACAUCUUGA